UAAAAAUUUAUGAAAGUUGCAAAAAAAGUGAUACACUUUUAAAUGUAAUUAACGAAACAUUGAAUCAAAUGACGAUCGACUCAACCAAUGGUUAGCCUUAUGUGAAACUACUGUAAAGUAAACCUCAAAAUAAGUGACUAUUUCUCAAUAUUAGCCAAUAAUAGGCAUUGAAUGGACUGAAAGGUUGAGCACGUGUUCAGUCAAUACACGCUUACCAUUGAUUGGACAUCACUUGAAGACACAUCUCAAGACAAUGUCCGCACCCGAGUCCACAUACGAAGAAUGGGAACUCAAACGAGUAGCUCAGCCGUCGACAGCCGUCACGGAUCUAAUUAACUCAACCGUUGAGUUGACGACACGAAACUUGCGAUCAGUCUCUGUGGUCGACAGGUUGUCCAUCAGAUCCAGAGGACUCAUUGACAACAAGUGGGACGAAUCCAAGCAACGAGUGCUUCAUUUCUCCAUAGAUUGCGAUCAAAAGUACGACACGACUAAAGAGUUGCCGAAACUGAAGGCAUCGGAAGAGUGGCCGCAAUUGUCGACAACUGAUUUGGAGACCGGUUUUGCCGAUUGCGUUGAAGACAAUGGACUCAUCACUGAUUACGAGGCUUAUCGGGAGCUGAAGUGGCAGUCAUUUCACAGAGCGCUCAAAGACAAUGAUUUGAUCGACAAAUAUAAGCCACAGUUUGUCUCAUUCGGCGGUCCCGUCGCCGAAAUCAUGGCCACUGUUUUUGACACUUCAAACAAUUGGAAAGUAUCGGCACAACUGACCAGUGGUGUCAUCUAUUUCUACAAAACUCGGUCCGAAAGACAACAAAACCCGUAUUCAGUCGGUAAUGCCAGCCGUCGGACGUAUUGUGGACUCAAUUUUCUUCACUUAAUUACCGAUAGAGAAGACAUUAAAAUGAAUGAGUUUCACAAAUUCUUUGGCAUCAAUUGUGUGACUUUGGAUUCGCAUAAACUCUUGACACUCAAUGAAAUCGAUGCCAUCGAUGAUAAUGAAAGACCCGUCGACUUAAAACUGGUGGAAGAGAGCCGUUCCCUAAGAGAUGACUCAUACUUUGAGAAGAAGAAAUCAUUGAGAUUUUGGUCAAAGGCUUGGCUUCAGGGCAUGGAUGAAGUGGUGAUGGCCACCAUUAGUCACAACGUCUUGAUGGACAUCGACAGCAAGAAAGUGCCCGAAUUGGCAGAAAUGGGCAGCAGAUACUGGUCUAGCGAUCAAUGCAUUCAUUUUCUCAUUCGUUUCUUGUCUUUCAUGAAGACAUGCAUUACCGACGAGAAUAUGAUCUAUGAUUUCAGUUUCAGAAGAGGCGACGAUUCUGUUGAGUGUAUUAAACAACCGCUUAACGAUUCCAAUGCCAUUCUUCCCAACUCUUGCACUCAAGAGUCUAACGUUAAGGAUUUGGAGACUAUUCUCGACGCUUCGCUUAAGAUAUCCGACUAAACGAUGCUUUUCUUAUAACUGAUCCUAAUU